GGCUUCGGCUUUGGCUGAAGAACGUUCCCAUGGCGUUGUGAUGGAGGAGAGAGUUGUUUGUUUUGCGCAAGCUCUGUCAUCUAAGAAGCUCAAGCGAGCACAGGAAAGACUGCUGAAAUCCUCAUUAGCGUGUGCACUUCUACCUACAGUAAGCCUAAUGGCAGUGCCUGCAGUACCUUUUGACGGUCGUGUCAUGAUGGGUGGACCCUCUCCGGGCAAGAGUCCUCGACGUCCUAUCGCUGUCAACAUCCCCGUGCCCCCAGAGCGACAUGGCCCUAUCAACAUCGUCACAAAUCCUACCUUUGACAAUCGAAGUGAUGCCAUGGAUCAGCCGGAGGAAUCUUUGUACUCGACCAUUCAGCCCAAGCAUGAGUGUGGAUCAAGCCCAAGCUCUCCUCCUCCACCACUCCCCCCCAAACAACUUGAGGCCUUGUACACACGACCGAUGAAGAGUAAAAAGGGAAAGCAAAAGGAGCACUAUGGCUCCAGAGGCUCCAAAGAAUUGCCUGAUGGACCAUCAACAUGGAAACUACAAGUAUCUCAGGAAUCCAAGGCAGUUCAAAAUGGACUAGGCUGCAACUGCCAGCAGUUGGCUUCCUUGCUCCAAGACAAUUAUGCUAUGAAGCACGAACUCAUCACAUACAAGGACAGAGUAAAAUCUCUGACAUCCAAACUCAAACAAUAUGAAGGCAUCUCGGAUGUUGUGAAAGAUCUACAGCAGAGUGUGGAAAGAGUCUCUGAAGAGAAUGCAAAGUUAAAGCAGUAUGCAAAAUGUGCUGCAAGUGUGAAGGCAGUAGAACAGGAAAGGAGGGACCUUUAUGAACAGCUCAAAGAUGCACAGUCUCAAUACAAGUAUGACGUGGACCAUUUGAGCCAGCAGGUGAGCCAACUGGAGAAAGAGAAACAAGAGCUAGAGUUAUCCUUGGCAAAGCUGCAACAGGAGCAUGACCGGCUGCUUAUCAGUACACAGAACUCUGUUUCUUUUGAGUUCCACACCACCGCUAUGUUGGAAGUCAAAAGGUUAUUGGAAGAACUGAAGCAGAAGUACCAGAAUGACAAGGAAAACCUGGGCCUGAAAGUUCAGGUAGCAGAGCAGGAAUGCAGUGAGCUGAAGCUGCAACUUGUGCAAUUAGAGGAAGAAGUAACGUGGCUGCGCAAUGACCAUGGCACCCUUUCCAGUGCCUACAGACGUGCUGUACGUCAAAAUCACACACUUGUCACUCAUCUCCAAGAACUGCAGAAUGAUGAUUCAGAAAUGCAGGCUUUGCUUACGUCUCUCCUUGCUACGGCCCACCAAGUAGUGUCAGAAAGAGAUAGUCUGGAAAUAAAGAACGAGGAAAAGGAGAAGGAGUGUCAGAGAAUGAUGGAGCUACUGUCAAGGAAUAACAUUGAUUUUGAUCAGCUCAACAAAUAUUUAAAGAAUAUGCAUGACCAGGCAGAGGAUGACACAUGCAAGGCUCAUCUCAGGCGAGAGAUGGAGAGCAACCUACAGGAAGAAUACGAACAGCAGGUAGCGCACCUUCAUGGCAAAGUAGAGCAAAAGCAACAAGAGCUGGAGAAAGUCCAGGGUGAGAAAAGGCGCCUGGAACGAGAACUGGAACAACUGUGGCAAGUACUUGCACGUGAAGCCGACAUCAAAGCACUUGGAGGAGAUACUACUGCAUUCAAUGUCCUUUCAUGCACCAAUUGAAUUGCGCCCUGUGAUUUCCUACAUGCUCUUUCAAAGCACGCAAAGCUAGUAUUAUAGGUGCUUGAGGACUCUGUUCUGUCGGGUUCUCUUUGUACAAUGUUCUCCCCAAUAAUGCACAGUUACGUGAAGGCAAAAAAGAAAAAGAAGAGAGAGGUCCUUCUAACUACGUAUUGGUUCUAUUUGAUAAUGAUUCCUCUUGAUGUAACCCAUCUUUUUGUGAUACAUUAAUGCUCGUGUCGAUGCAGGAUUUUGCAUGUCCGAAAAACAGAUCCUACUUAUAUAACCAUGUUCUUAUGGUUGAACAGCAGAAUAAAUACUAAUAGUGCAACACAAAUA